GCAUCUCCUGGUGAAGUCACUCAAUUGCAUGUAUGAACACAGGGAACUCGUCUCGCAUUAGGACCCUGAAUACACGGAGGCGUCGGUAAAUAUGGCAGACAGCGACACAUGUGAAGGUGUACAAAAACAAAAGGGUUUUCAGGAGCUUCUCAGUCCAUCUGAGCUGUUUCAGGCGAGGUCUCGCAGUCAUAAAAUACCGGUGAGGGGUCAGAAAGACUUUCAACCCAAUGAUUCAGAGCAUCAGAGGAGUCGACUCCAGCAAAGUUUACAUGAACACUGGACACUGCUGGAGGAGGAGAGAGUCGAGAGACUGGGGAAUCUUGUGAAAGCUCUGUGGAUCCCUGAAGAAAGACUAGUUGAACUGCAGUCACCAGCUGGGAAGUUUUGGCACACAAUGGGUUUUUCAGAUAGAGGAAAGCAGUACCUGCAUGCUGAAGAGGCUCUCUAUCUUAUGGAGUGUGGCAAUGUGCAGGUUUUCCACCGUGAUCUUCCUUUGUCCAUUCAGGAGGGAUAUGAACGAUUCCUCUCUUCAGAGACUUUGACUCUUCACCAGUAUCAGGUCUAUGGACAUUUGAAAAGGCUUGGGUAUGUUGUGAACAGAUUUGACCCCAGUUCAGUCCCAUCUGAAUAUGAGAGACAGUUGAAUCUUCCAGCAUCACUUGACAAACAGAAAAAAACACUAAAGAGGAAACGCAGUCAGAGUCCUGUUUCCAGUGAGAAACACAGCACGUCAUCAUUGGAGAAGACAAAUGAAUACCAAAAUGAGGAUCAGGUUAAGAACAGUGAUUCACUGGCAGACCCCGCACCUCCACAUCAACCUCAGGAGGAACUCAUGGAGUCGCCUCUGGUUUUAAAAGACACCACUGAAAGGACAUGGUGGACUGAAGGAGAUGUCCAACCACCCCUUGCACAAACUCAAACCACAGCUCCUCGCUGGGACUUUAACACAAUCUCUUUCCCAGACCUGGGUUCACGUAGGAGUCGUUCAGUCAGUUUGGCGUCUCCAGACCCGAGCCUGCUGCCUGGAGCUCUUGAGGUGGGUAACUGUGAUGUGACUCCAUGGCUGAGCAGACUCAACGUGAAGGAAGAGAGGCUGUCACGCCGGGACCGGGAGCGCCAGAGAGAUCAAGACCGUUACCACAGGGACAUUAAUGGUGACCCAAAGGUGCGGGACUGCAGGAACUGGGCGGAGUAUUUACAGCUGCUGGAGAAGAGGAAGAGACAACAGGAGGGACAGAGACCCGCCCAUCUAUGGGAACGGGAGGUGACCCCUCUAACUCAACCUGGCCAGUGUAGAUCACACCGUGAGCUGCUGGAGCAGAUCAACAUUAUCAAGUCUUCAAACUGGACUGAAGGGGUUUCCAGAACAGCCCCAUCUGAGCGCUGGAAGAUUAGCUUUGAUGUUUACCAACCGGACACGGUGGCGGAGUUUAAAAAGAGCCAUCCAGGAAAGCCAUACAGCCGCAUGUGUGUGUGCAGUUUUGACGGCCCUGUGCCUGAUUUGCUCGUCAUGAAGCAGUUGUCCUUCCAAAGUGCUGAUGUCCCGGUGACUUUUGCAGUGGUAGACCAUGGAGACAUCUCAUUUUACUGCUUCAAGAACUUCAGACUGCCCACUGAUGUCUACUAAAGGAUGUUUUCUGAAAUGUCAAUUCUAAAAUCCAUUAUUGAGGAGUGAAUGCAGCUCGAAUUAUUCUCAGAUGAGUUAGAUAACAUAAAUGUGCAUCUCAGGGUAUGAACUUGAUUUUAUAUAAGAGCGUUAAGAAUUGUGCCAUGACAAAUGUACACCAUUACAAUAAAAUCAGACAUUGACACUAACACAAGCUUAUCAUGUCUAAUGUUUAGACUGAGAAUUUCAGCAUAGUUUGAUCACCACUACACUGUAAAAAAUAUUUU